CCCGCGCCCGCUCUCCGCCCGGCGCCCCGGCCCGCCGCCCGCGCGCGCUUCAUGGCUGCGCAGGAAUGGGACUGGUUCCAGCGCGAGGAGCUCAUCGGGCAGAUCAGCGACAUCCGAGUCCAGAACCUUCAAGUUGAAAGGGAAAAUGUGCAGAAGAGGACUUUUACUCGAUGGAUAAAUCUACAUCUGGAAAAGUGUGACCCACCUCUAGAAGUUACAGACCUAUUUGUUGAUAUACAAGAUGGCAAAAUCCUAAUGGCUUUGUUAGAAGUCCUGUCCGGGCAAAAUCUGCUGCACGAAUAUAAAUCCUCAUCGCAUCGUAUUUUUCGGCUGAACAACAUAGCGAAAGCACUUAAGUUUUUGGAAGAUAGCAAUGUCAAGCUGGUUAGCAUCGAUGCUGCGGAAAUCGCGGACGGCAACCCCUCCUUGGUUCUUGGGCUCAUAUGGAACAUAAUCCUCUUCUUUCAGAUUAAGGAGCUCACAGGCAACCUCAGCAGAAACUCUCCAUCUUCCAGCCUGUCACCAGGCUCGGGGGGCACAGAUUCGGACUCCUCCUAUCCACCCACACCCACCACAGAGAGGAACGCAGCAAUAUCGGUGAAAGACCAGAGGAAGGCCAUCAAGACUCUGCUGGCAUGGGUACAGAGGAAAACGAGGAAGUAUGGUGUGGCAGUGCAGGACUUCGCGGGCAGCUGGAGGAGUGGGCUGGCUUUCCUGGCAGUGAUCAAGGCCAUUGACCCCAGCCUGGUAGACAUGAAGCAAGCCCUGGAAGACUCCACCCGGGAAAAUCUAGAGAAGGCAUUCAGCAUCGCCCAUGCUGCCCUGCAAAUCCCCAGGCUCCUGGAGCCCGAAGACAUCAUGGUUGACACGCCGGAUGAGCAGUCUAUUGUGACUUAUGUGGCACAGUUUCUAGAACGUUUUCCGGAGCUGGAACCUGAAGAUUUUGUGGAGCCAGAUAAAGAAGUACCCAUUGAGUCCACCUUUGUCCGCAUCAAAGAGACACCAUCUGAACAGGAGAGCAAAAUCCUCCUCCUGACUCAGAAUGGGGAGCAUGCUUACACUGUCAACCACGAAACCAGCCACCCACCACCUGCCAAAGUCUUUGUCUGUGACCAGUCUGAGAGUGAGAAGAGCUUUUCCUUGGGCGACACAUCCAGCCGUGCACUCUCAGACAGCCCCACCGACUUCAUGCACCAGAUCACUGACCAGGCCCUCCACGGAGUCCCAGGGAAGACUGACACCACCAGUGAGCAGGCUCCGGACUCUCCCAUCUUAUCCACCAGAAAGGAUGGCCGGAGGUCCAGCUCUUUACCAAUCAAGAAAAGCGUCCACUUUGAGGCAGACAUCUACAAGGACGCCUCCUGCAGUAAGGUCCCUUUCUACAGUCCAGAUCUUCACUUUGAAGAGAGUGCAAGAGCACCCAAGGAGCUUUUGAAGAAGGAUGGGCAUGUCCCAUUGGUUGAGUCUGCUGAGGACAAGAAGCCAGAACAGGAAGUUGGGCUGAACCCGGAAGCACCCACAGACAAGGUCCCCAGGGAGGUUGCUGGGGCAGAUGGUAUGAACCAUCACGCUCAGCCUCCCCAGGGCUCCUCCUUCUUUAAUGGCACCUUAGAGAGUCGAGCCAGCCACAGUGAAGAAAGUCCUUCUCCUGCACCCCAUACUGUCAUGGCCAACUCCUUGGAGAUCAAGGUGAAACUGCUGAUGGCAGAAGCGAUGGAUGGAGAUGACUAUUUUGAAGGCAUUCCAUUACGAGCCUCAAAAUUUACCAGCGACCUAACAGAUUUUGCUUCUACCAGCCAGGCUUUCAGUGAGCUUCCUUCACUCCAGGAGAAGACACCUGGUGAGGAGGAAGGUUUGGAGAAGUCCUCUGAAAAGCUAGGGAAAAGGAAAGCUAAGUCUGCCCACAUGAAGACCGAGUCACCUGAGACCCAACAGGCAUCUGGCAAACACAAACCUACCAAGGGCUCUGGACCAGAAGCUCAGUGCCAUCUUGUGGCCCCAGAAGAUUCCCUGGCAGAUAAAAAGCCAGAGGUGUACGAGAAGGCCAAGAGAAAGUCCACGCAGUGUGGCAGUGAGGAGGAGGAGGAGGAGGGAGGAGAAGCUGAAGGUCUCCCAGGACUUGACAGAGAACUUUCUUCCAAUCCCCUAAGCACCAACGUCAGCCUGGAGACCCUCAGGAGUCACAGCGAAGAAGGCCUGGACUUCAAGCCUUCUCCCCCGCUCUCAAAGGUCUCCGUCAUCCCUCAUGAGCUUUUCUAUUACCCACACUACGAGGUGCCCCUGGCUGCGGUUUUGGAGGCCUACGCAGAAGGUGGGGAGGACAUGAAAACAGAAGAAGACACAGAUCUGGAAGAGCCGGAGGGUUAUUUGCAUGACCUGGGCUCCAGGGAGGAGGCAGCCCACAGCUUCCAGAGCAGCUGCACCUUCUCAUUGCCAGACAGGGGCCAGGCCAGUGUCAGCAGCCAUACCCCCCAUGUCAACAAGGUUGCUGCAGGGGUCAUACCAGCCUCAGAACCCCCUCCCCCAGGCCCCCAGGAGGACCACCAGCCAAAGGAGACCAAGGAGAGUGACCCCACGGAGAGCCAUCAGUCCCAAGAAUCCCCAAAGUCUGAAAACAUAGCAAACCCAUUAGAACAAAAGGUAUUGGAGGAGUCAACCAGCAGUAAAAAGAAGGAAAAAAGGAAACACAUGGACCAUGUAGAAAGUUCAUUAUUUGUAGCACCUGGGACUGUUCGGUCCUCAGAUGACCUAGAAGAAGACCCUGGCGACUACAAAGUCCCUUGCAGGACUAGCCACAGCGAUUCCAGCAUUUACAUUCGGCGACACAGUAAUAGGUCUUUGGAAUCGGACCAUUUUAGCUAUGUUCAAUUGAGGAAUGCAGCAGACCAGGAUGACAGAAGAAACCGAAUGUUAAACAGGUACAAUACUCAGAAGCUCACUGAGCUGAUUUUACAAUUUUAUGGAAUCAGAGCAGACACGAAGAGGGAAUGCAAACAUGCCAGGAUGUCUAUGAAAGCCACCAACUCUGGAGAAGCCGUGUCCCUGGGGAGCCAGAGCCUGCAGAGCGACUCCCUGACCCAGCUUGUCCAGCAGCCGGAUGUGAUGUAUUUCAUUCUGUUCCUCUGGCUCCUGGUUUACUGUCUGCUGCUCUUCCCACAGCUGGACUUCACCCGGCUCUGAUGCGUGUGUCUGGAGAAUAAAAAGACAGGACCCCAACCAGGCGUGGGGUCUUUUUACUUCAUUUUAUUUUCUGUUCAGGAUUGGGCCAUUUCUGCAGAUGGUUGAAGGCCUCUGAGAAAAUGUAGGGCCCGUCCCCUUGU